AUGUACGCGAGAGACCAGCAAGCCGAACUGAAAGAUGUGCUCCGAAGGAUCCAAUCGAGAGGCACCGCGGGCUCGAAAUUAGCGAGUGCCAUCCAAGGAUACUCCGCGACCAGUCGUGCUUCUGAUCUGGCGGACUUGGUGAAGAAAGCCUGCAAGGUCGACAAGCGCUGUGUUCCCGUCGUUGAAGAAGUGCUUAGGGCAAAUGAGCAGGACAGGUAUUCUUUGCGCGAGGCGUUGUUCAAUUCGAGUGACGAGGAUGUGACUGGGCCCGAGAGACUCGCUUUCGAGGUAUCCUCCGCUUUGAGAAAGAGAGAGAGGAAGGGAGAUCGCGAGGAUCCUGCUGCGGCGUCGAGGAAGAAAAGGCCAGCAAUUCCAGGAGCCUUUAAACACAAGCCUGUUGGAAAAGUCUCAGGGCCUUCUCGGGACAUUCCAGCUGCGUCUGCUCCAAGGCCCAAGACGAAGCACUCUAUGCAAGAUGUAUUCGACGACUUCAUAGCCCGUCAAGGCCAUGCGGCAUUCCGGGAAGAGCAGAUUCGUUACGAGCAAGAGUCUCUCGGUUCCAAUCUAGCCCUUCAGGAGCAGGAGCGUCUGAGAGAGGUCGAAGCCACCCGGAAAUUCUCAAAGCUCUUUGGCUUCACCACUUGCGCUCAAUGCAACAAGUCGUCCUCAGCAGCCGCGAACAAGGAAAACUCAUGCGUCUUCCAUCCAGGAGCCAGACGGAAAUACAGAAACGGCUACUAUGACAAAUCGCCGAAGUGGCUCUGCUGCGGGCGAGGCGAAGAUGACCCAGGCUGUCGCAAGUCUCACCACAUCGACGCUGCAGCAUCUGGACCCGCUCAACGACUCGACCGUUUGCGUAAAGCUGGCUCGCUAGACGCGAGCGCUGUCUUGUUUGACUCUUGCAGCACUUACGGAGAGGACACUAACAGCACCCAUGAGCCAUCCCAGCCAAACCAGAAGUCUGUUUCGACACUGCCCAGCUCCAUUUCUAAUCCAGCAACAGCAGCCACCACAGCAAUCGGAUGCCCCGAGUGCAAAGAACCAGAUGCACGCAAAAAGGCGCGAAACGCUCCAAAGGCAGGAGCGACCUACCCCGCCCCCCAGAAACCAAACGCCAUCAUCGACCUCACAGCCGACUCCUCCGACUCAGACCCAGACUCAGAUGAAUCCGAAAUCGAAGAAAUUUUAGAUUUUUCUUCUUCUUCUCUAGGCCCGGGCUAUUAUAUCCCGGUUUAA